AUGGUUAGAAAAUACAAUAUUUUAGAUAUGCAUUAAUUAACAGAAUUAGCGAAGGAGUUGACUGAAUAUCAGUAACCAGAAUAUUUGGCUGACAUAUUAGAUUUGAAAACACAAACUAAGUUGAAGGAACGAUUGAAUGACUAAGAAAAAGAUCUGGAACAGACUCCAAAAAAAGAGACUAACUACUCUCAAGAUAUGAAAAGCGGAAAAAAAGAAAAUAAUCAAGAAUCUAAAUCAUAAAUUAAAUAAUAAGGAUAAGAGAAACAAUGGACAAUCAAAUAAACUAUGUUCGUUAGAAUUAAUUCCAAAAAGAAUGUAAGUGAAUUCUACACAGUAAAAGAGAUGAUUGGAUAGGGAGGGUUUGGAAAAGUAUAUAAAGUGGUUCAUAGAUAAACUGGUAUGGUGAGAGCUAUGAAAUUGAUCCUAAAAUCUAAAUUGAAAAAGGAGGACCAAGAGAAAUUAUUAGAAGAAACUAAUAUUUUAAUGGAUAUUGAUCAUCCAAACAUUGUCAAAUUAUAUGAAAUGUAUUAAGAUGAUAAUUCAUAUUAUUUAAUCAAUGAAUAUUGUGAUGGUGGUGAAUUAUUCGAAAAAAUUAAAUUUGUUCAAACCUUAACUGAAAAAGAAAUAGCAAGUUACAUGAAAUAAAUCCUGACAGCUGUGGCUUAUUGUCAUUCAAAAGGCAUUGUACAUAGAGAUUUGAAACCUGAGAACAUUUUGUUUGACUCUAAAACUCAAGGUGCCUCACUCAAAAUUAUUGAUUUUGGAGCAAGUGCUAAAUUAGUAAAUGAUGAAAAACUAAAAAAAAGAAUUGGAACACCAUUCUAUGUUGCUCCAGAAGUUUUGAACGGUAGUUAUGAUGAAAAAUGUGAUAUUUGGUCUUUAGGAGUAAUACUGUAUGUUUUGCUAUGUGGAUACCCUCCCUUUUUUGGACAUAGCGAAGGAGAGGUCUUAGCCAAAGUUAGAAAAGGAACAUAUUAAUUUGAUAGUAAUGAUUGGUCUAGAGUAUCUAUGCAAGCAAAAGAUUUGAUCAGAAGAAUGUUGUUCUAUGAUCCCUCUUCUCGUAUUAGUGCAUCGGAAGCUCAAUAACACAGUUGGAUAGCCAACAAUAAAGCUAAAGGAGCUGUCAAUAACAUCAGUUUAAAAAAAUUAUAGGAUUUUGAUUCCAAGAAUAAACUAAAAUACGCGAUUUUAUAAUUCAUAACAGUUCAAGUUGUUCAAAGUUAAGAGAAGGAUGACUUAUUAAAGACUUUCCAAGAUAUAGAUAAAAAUGGAGAUGGAACUGUGAGUAAAGAAGAAUUGUUAGCAGCCUAUAUGAAAAUUUACAAAGGAGAUUCUAUUGCGGCUCAAUAAGUUGUAGAAGAAUUGUUUCCAUAGCUAGAUGCCAACAAAUCCGGAAAAGUAGAUUUUAGUGAAUUUGUUACUGCUUCAAUUAACAGAGAUAGGUCCUUAAGUAAAAAAAAAAUAGAACAGGCCUUCAAACUUUUUGAUUUGGAUGGAAAUGGUUUUAUUACCAAAUAGGAGAUUAAUGAGUUAUUUGGGAAUGAAAUCGAUGAAAAUAUGUGGCAAGAUAUUUUGAAGGAUUGUGAUAUAAAUAAAGAUGGAAUGAUAUCUAUGAAUGAAUUUGUAAAUCUUUUGGAAACUAAAAUUAAGCGACCACCGUAAAUGAAAUGAAUUACUAAUUUUAUUAACCAUGUAUAUUUGCAUGGCUAAUUAAUAUAUAUACUUAAAUUACACAUUU